AUGUCUUCCAUCUGCCGAAAUACGAUACUCAAGGGGAUUGCUAACAAGGCAGUCCUACCCGGCAGCAGAACAUCCAGCGUGCUCUCAUCAUCUCGACUCGGUGUCCAAUGCCGGAACAUCUCCUCAACCAGCUCCGGUCUAUCGUGUGUCCAGUCAAGGUGCCGUUCGCCAAGAAACCCUAGAUCAAUUAUCCCUAUUCAUUCCGUUGCCAUUCGUUCAUACGCAGCAGAAGCAUCCAAGAAAUUCACUAGAAACAAACCACACAUGAACAUUGGGACCAUCGGACACGUCGAUCACGGAAAAACAACAUUGACAGCAGCUAUCACUAAAUCCCUAGCGGCUCUGAACUCAAACAACAAGUUCCUUGAUUAUUCGCAAAUCGACAAAGCACCGGAAGAAAAAGCCCGAGGAAUUACAAUCUCUACUGCCCAUGUCGAAUACGAGACUGAAAAUCGACAUUAUGCUCACGUUGACUGUCCAGGUCACGCAGAUUACAUCAAGAACAUGAUCACUGGUGCGGCUCAGAUGGAUGGCGCGAUUCUCCUGGUCUCGGCUACAGAUGGACAGAUGCCUCAAACCCGAGAACAUCUCCUACUCGCACGACAAGUGGGGAUCCAAAAGCUGGUUGUCUAUGUCAACAAAGUCGACCAAAUCGAUGACCCGGAGAUGUUGGAGCUUGUCGAGAUGGAGAUGCGGGACCUUCUAACAAGUUACGGAUUCGAUGGCGAGCAGACGCCGAUCAUCAAGGGCUCAGCUCUGUGUGCGCUCGAAGGUAAAAACCCAGAGAUCGGAGUGGAAAGUAUCAAGCAAUUGAUGAAAGCUACCGACGAGUGGUUGGACCAGCCGGUUCGAGACUUAGACAAACCAUUCCUGAUGCCGGUCGAGGACGUCUUCUCAAUCCCCGGAAGAGGCACUGUUGUUACCGGCCGAGUCGAACGAGGAACAGUGACCAAGGGUACCGAAUUAGAACUAAUCGGUCUGGGAAUGAACCAAAAGGUGGCCUUGACGGGAAUCGAGAUGUUCAAGAAAGAGCUGGAGCGAGGUGAAGCGGGUGACAACAUGGGUGCCCUUUUACGAGGUCUCAAGCGUGAACAGAUCAAGAGAGGAAUGGUCCUCGCGGCGCCUGGGUCGAUCAAAGCAGUCACGAAGUUCCUUGCAAGUAUCUAUGUCUUGACGAAGGAUGAAGGAGGUCGCUACACACCCUUCAUGAACAACUACCGACCCCAAUUGUUCCUACGGACCAGUGACGUCACCGUCAGCUUGACCUUCCCAGAAGAAGUCAAAGACCGCCACGAGAAACAAGUCUUCCCGGGUGAUAACGUCGAAAUGGUUUGCGAAUUGGUCCACGAAGUCGCCAUCGAACCCGGAUCUCGUUUCACUAUUCGAGAGGGUGGUAAAACUGUCGGCACUGGCUUGGUAUCUCGACUGUUCUGA